UGUUAAUUAUUAAUGUCUGCAUCAAAGAUCUUUUACUCACCAUCACGUUCGAAUGUUAAUGCUUCAAAUGUACAAGCAUAUGGAGGUGACAGAGCUCUAUCACCAAGCAGAGCCAAAAUAUCGCAGCUAUCAGAAAAACUCUCCAAUCUCCAACAUCAGAUCGAUGAAGAUCAAGCUGUAAGAGUGUAUCGUUAAUCCUUAGUUCAAGAAGGAGACUUUUGAAAGCAAGAUCAAAAUCUUAGAAGACAGAGCAACCAAGUAGGCUUAGGGAGAUGAUUCCAAGUUCAAGUUGUUGAAGGAACAACUCCAAAAGGUUGAGGAGGGUGCACAAAAUGAGAAAAUCAUUAGAGAGGUAUAGAUCGUUUUCGAAGUAGGCUGGAGACGAGAAAUUGAGAUCGAAAGAUUUAAAGGGAUUGGAAGGAUUUUUGAAUAAGGAAUUAUAAUCCGAAAAAAUCAAUAGAAAAGAUUUUGAGGGAAAAAUAAUUAAGAAUACAGAUGACAAGGUUUACAGCUUAAAAUUGGAUUUGGCCAGAUAGAAGAAGUACAGAGAGGAAACCGAAGAGAAGAAUGCUCAGGAGAUUGGGGAUCGUAUUUUGUAAUUGUAAGAGGAAGUAGAGGAAGAGAGAAGACAAAGGUACACAAAAUUACAUAAAUUACAAUAGGGAAUAGCAAAAUCAAAACACAAUUAAGAGAUUGGGAGAUUCCAUCUUAAAAUUGUAAGAGAUCCUGACAACUGAGAAGAAGCAGAGAGAACAAGCAUAAGGUUAAAUGUUCAGAAUGUUGGAUGAAAUGAACCAUUACUUGAAUAGCGAAUUAACUAGUGAAAAGAAUGAGAGGGAAGCCACUGAAGAGAGUUUGAUCAAUUUGAUAGAUCAAACAUGCAACAGAGUUGAAAAUUCAUUAAGAAAGUGAUAUCAUACGAUCUUUAUACAUUUAAUUUUAAA